GGGCACCGGGGUCUACUCUUCUCACUCGGGCGGCGGGGGCUCAGUCGUCUGGCUGGCCCAGGGCGGGACGAGCCAGCAGCUCGGCUGCCCAGGGGCCAUGGCACGGAAAAGUUUGCCUCUCCUCCUGCUCCUGGCGGUGCUCGGCAGCCGAGGCCAGCCGCCAGCGCCGCCGCCGCCGCCGCAAAGAGGGUUGUUUCCUGCAGUGCUUAACCUGGCUACCAAUGCUCUCAUCACAACCAAUGCUACCUGUGGAGAAAAGGGUCGGGAAAUGUACUGCAAACUUGUUGAACAUGUACCUGGACAGCCUGCAAGGAACCCUCAGUGCCGUAUUUGUGAUCAAAAGAGCAGAGUUCCACAUCAACGACAUCCUAUAACAAAUGCAAUUGAUGGCAAGAACACUUGGUGGCAAAGCCCUAGUAUCCAGAAUGGAAUUGAAUAUCAUUAUGUCACCAUUACGUUGGACCUCCAACAGAUUUUCCAGAUUGCAUAUGUUAUUGUGAAAGCAGCUAACUCACCUCGACCUGGGAAUUGGAUCUUGGAGCGUUCACUGGAUGGUGUAGACUACCAGCCAUGGCAAUAUUAUGCUAUCACAGACAGUGAAUGCUUGACACGCUACAACAUUCAUCCUCGUCCUGGAACUCCAUCCUAUAUAAAAGAUGAUGAAGUCAUAUGCACUUCUUAUUAUUCCAAAAUCCAUCCUCUGGAGAAUGGAGAGAUUCACACUUCUCUGAUUAAUGGGCGGCCCAGUGCUGAUGAUCCUUCACCUGAAUUACUGGAAUUCACCUCUGCUCGCUUUAUUCGCCUGAGAUUCCAGAGGAUACGGACACUGAAUGCUGAUUUAAUGAUGUUUGCACACAAAGAUCCAACAGAAAUUGAUCCCAUUGUUACAAGGAGGUAUUACUAUUCUAUAAAAGACAUCUCUGUUGGAGGCAUGUGUAUAUGUUCAGGCCAUGCGAAAGCUUGCCCACUUGAUCCAGCAACUAAUAAAUCUGUCUGUCAGUGUGAGCACAACACGUGUGGAGAGACGUGUGAUCGGUGCUGUCCUGGUUUCAACCAAAAGCCUUGGCAUGCUGGCACUUUUCUGGUUAAACAUGAAUGUGAACCCUGCAACUGUCAUGGAAAGGCUGAGGAGUGUUACUAUGAUCAGGAUGUUGCAGACAGAAAUCAGAGUUUGAAUGUCCAUGGAGAAUACAUUGGGGGUGGAGUCUGUGUGAAUUGCACAAACCACACUGGUGGGAUCAACUGUGAGACCUGCAUUGAUGGUUACUUCAGACCUAAGGGGGUCUUGCCAGAUAGCCCUGAUCCAUGCCAGCCAUGUUCCUGUAAUCCAAAUGGAUCUUUACAUGAUACCUGUGUCAAAGAUGAGAAACAUGCAGAAGGAGAUAUGCUGCCUGGUUUCUGUCACUGCAAGACUGGCUAUGCAGGAGAGAGCUGUGAUAGAUGUGCCUUGGGUUAUAAAGGAUAUCCUGAGUGUGUGCCCUGCAACUGCUCAGUGACUGGCAGUGUGAAUGCUGACCCUUGUGUGGGUCCCUGCAUCUGCAAGGAACAUGUUGAAGGAGAAAACUGUGAUCAGUGCAAAGCAGGUUUCUUCAAUCUUCAGAAAAACAAUCCCAAAGGCUGUGAGGAAUGUUUCUGCUCUGGGAAGACAAGUGUCUGCACACACUCUCACCUUACCUACAGAACUAUAGAAGACAUGAAUGGCUGGUAUCUGACUGGCUUACCAGGUCACAUCAGAGUUACCCCCAAGCAAAAGAGAUUUGAUGGACAUCAGCAGUUUAGCAUCAGCAACGUGGCUGCACGGAAAGUACUGCCAGAGACUUAUUACUGGAGUGCACCCAGUUCUUUUUUGGGCAACAAAGUAGCAGCUGCUGGAGGACGUCUGAAAUUUACAGUCUCCUAUGACUUCACAGAGCAAGAAGAGACAGUCCCACUAAUGAUUCAAUCUGAUGUCAUCAUAGAGGGAGGUGACUUAAAAAUCAGCACUCCGAAAGAGGGGCUUCACCUGCAGCCUUCUGAAGAACACACUGAAGAAAUAGUGCUGCAACCAGAAUCUUUCUUUGUACAUGGCACUGAUGUUCCUGUCAGCAGGAGGGAGUUCAUGACUGUUCUUGCAAACGUAAAGAGAAUCCUUAUAAGAGCCACGUACAGCUAUGGGAUGAAUGCCAUCUACAGACUACGAAGUGUUAGCAUGGAAGCUGCUGACCACACUUCAUCUGGAAGGAAGGUGGCAUCUUCAGUGGAGUUAUGUGACUGUCCCCCAGGGUAUGAUGGUACCUCCUGUGAGUCUUGCUGGCCUCGUCACAGACGUGUGAACGGCACAAUUUUUGGUGGAGUCUGUGCACCAUGUAGAUGCUAUGGUCAUGCAGAAUUUUGUGAUGAUAUUACAGGAGAAUGCCUGGACUGCAAACACAACACAGGUGGUUCAUAUUGUGAUAGAUGCCUUCCUGGCUUCUAUGGAGAUCCUACUAAAGGGACAGCUGAAGACUGCCAGCUGUGUGCUUGCCCCCUAAAUAUACCUUCUAACAACUUUAGCCCUACAUGCCAUUUUGACCGAAGUCGUGGAUUAAUAUGCGAUGAAUGCCCAGCUGGGUACGUGGGACCACGCUGUGAAAGGUGUGCAGAAGGCUAUUUUGGACAACCUUUAAUACCAGGAGGAUCUUGCCAGCCAUGCCAAUGUAAUAACAACCUUGACUUCUCCGUUCCUGGCAGCUGUGACAGCUUGUCUGGUGCUUGCCUGAUAUGUAAGCCAGGUACAACAGGCCAAUUUUGUGAGAGGUGUGCUGAUGGAUAUUUUGGCAAUGCUCUUGAUGCAAGAAACUGUCAACCCUGUCACUGUCACAUCAAUGGCUCCUUCUCUGAGAUGUGCGACUCGCGGACAGGCCAGUGCCAAUGUAAAACCAAUGUGAUUGGGCGCCGCUGUGAUGUCUGCCAGCCUAGCUACUUCUGGGCCCCAGGAAAGGUGUUUUGUAUACCUUGUGGCUGCAGUACUUUAGGAUCUAUGUCACUGCAAUGUGAUAUGUCAGGAAGAUGUAUCUGCAAAUCAGGAUUCAUGGGCAGACACUGUGAAAUCAGCAGACAGGUGCCUAAAUUGAAAGAAAAUGCACAAAGCAGCCAGCAGAUCCGACUCCCCCCUCGGAGAUGGGGCAUCAGCAGUGCCAGUGGGUGCCCACGGGGUGCUUAUCGGCCUGAUGCUCUGGUUCGAGUACUUCUCCCUGUUUUGUCACUGAGAACUCUUCGUCUCCCUAUGGACAGCCUGAACAUUGGCUUACAGUCUUCAAUGGGAUGUAUUCCCUGCAACUGCAACUCUUUCGGUUCCAAGUCCUUUGACUGUGAUGCAGGUGCAUGUUACUGCCAGCCUGAGUGACGGGGACAGGAAUGUGACCGCUGUGCUCAUGGAUUUUACAACUUGAAGAAGAGCUGUACUCCCUGUGAGUGUUCACGUUUUGGUAAUAACUGUGAUCCCCUCAGUGGCCGCUGUAUCUGCCCUCCCAAUACUGUUGGAGAGAUGUGUGACAAAUGUGCACCAAAUCACUGGGGCCACGACAUUGUCAGUGGCUGCAAGCCCUGUGACUGCAGCCUCGUUGGAGCCCUGAGUUCUCAGUGUGACUUAAAUACAGGCUGUUGCUUCUGCCGUGCUGAAUUCUCUGGGGAUAAAUGCACUGAGUGCCGUAUGGGUUACUGGAAUUAUCCACACUGUGUUGCUUGUCAGUGCUUCCUGGCAGGGACUGAUCCACAGAGCUGUGAUGCAGAGAUGGGGAAGUGCUCAUGCACUGCUCACACUGGCCAGUGCAGCUGCAAGGUUAAUGUGGAAGGUGUCCACUGUGACAGGUGCAAGUCUGGCACAUUUGGUCUCUCUGCCAGAAACCCACUUGGCUGCAGCAGUUGCUAUUGCUUUGGCCUGAGUACACAGUGCAGUGAGGCACGGGGGCUGAUUCGCAUGUGGUUGACCUUGAAGCCAGAGCAAAUGAUUAUACCACUGGUGGAUGAAAAGCUUCAGCGCAGCACCCUUUCGGGGAUUGCAUUCCAGCCUCCUGAAAUAGUAGCAAAUAUUGAGCAGGUGAUGCAGGAUCUUCGAUCAGAACCUGUUUACUGGAGACUUCCAGAGCAGUUUGAGGGACAAAAGCUGACCUCUUAUGGAGGGAAACUGAAAUAUGCAAUCUACUUUGAAGCACGAGAAGAGACAGGCUUUACUACUUACUACCCACAAGUCAUCAUAAGAGGUGGGCCUCCCACUCAUACAAGAAUUAUUGUCCGGCAUAUGGCUGCCCCUCUGAUUGGACAACUGACAAGGCAUGAGAUCGAGCUGACAGAGCAUGAAUGGGAAUAUUAUGGUGCUGACCAAAGGGUGCCCUGGGAAUACUAUCAUGAUGACCCGGGUGUCAACAAGACAAUCUCCCAAGCAGAUUUCACAUGGAAGCAUUAUGGAGAUGACCCAAGACCAAGUAGAGCUGUGUCCCGGGAGGACUUCAUGAAUGUCUUGUAUGAUGUUCAUUACAUUCUUAUUAAGGCUACUCAUGGCAAUAUCAUGAGGCAGAGCAGGAUUUCUGAGAUCUCAAUGGAAGUUGCUGAAGGCGGCACUGUGUCUGGGAUGACUCCUCAGGCUUAUUUGAUUGAGAAAUGUGACUGCCCAUUGGGAUAUUCUGGUUUAUCUUGUGAGUCAUGCUCUCCAGGAUUUUAUAGGCUUCCACCUUCACCUGCAGGAAGGACACCUGCUCAGCCCUUAGGCACCUGUGUUUUGUGCCAGUGUCAUGGACACAGUACUAUGUGUGACCCUGAAACAUCAAUUUGUCAGAACUGUCAGCACAAUACUGCUGGUCAUCAUUGUGAGAGAUGUGCUCUGGGAUUUUAUGGCAUUGUCCAAGGCUCUCCAGAUGACUGCCAGCCUUGUGCUUGUCCACUGCCCAUUCCUAGUAAUAAUUUUAGCCCUUCUUGUGUUGCUGAAGGACCUAAUGAUUACCGAUGUACUGCAUGCCCACCUGGAUAUGAAGGCCAGUACUGUGAAAGAUGUUCUCCUGGCUACACGGGAAACCCACAGACUCCAGGAGGAUCCUGCCAGGAAUGUGAGUGCGAUCGAUACGGUUCCCUGCCUGUCCCCUGUGACCCUGUCACUGGGCAGUGCACUUGCAAGCCUGGAUUCACAGGGUGGAAGUGUGCUGGCUGUGAGCAUCGGCAUGCACGUGAUGGCAUGAAGUGCAUUUCUUGUGAUGAUGAAUGCACAGGACUCCUUCUUAAUGAUCUCAAUCGGAUAAACCAGAUGAUCCUGAGUGUUAACCUUAGUGGUCCACUGCCUCCUCCAUAUAAAAUAUUACAGGGUUUUGAGAACAGGACACAGGAAUUAAAGCAUUUGCUUUCCCCUCAGAGAGCACCAGAGAGACUUCUUCAGCUAGCACAAGAAAAUCUGGAUACUCUGGUGACAGAGAUGGAUGAACUACUGACAAGAGCUACCAAGGUGACAGCAGAUGGUGAGCAAACCAGGCAGGAUGCUGAGAGGACUAAUGACAGAGCAAAAUCUCUUCGACAGUUCGUCAAAGGCAUUCUCCAAGCUGCUGAAGCUGCAAAUGAAGAUGCGAUAAAACUGAAUGAGACACUUAGAUCCCAAGAUGACACCUUUGAGAAGAGUCUUCCAGAAAUACAGAGUGAGGCUGAGAGAAUGGUUGCAGAGCUGAGACGUAGAGACAUGAAUAUGCAAGAAAGAAUAGCUCAAGAUGAGUUAAAGAAUGCUGAAGAUCUCUUGGACAAAGUGAAGAGAUUAUUUGGUGAGCCCAGUGAGAAAAAUGAGGAUCUCAAAAAUGAGGUCCGGGACAAGCUAGCAAGCUACCACACCAAGGUUGAUGAUGCUCGAGAUCUGCUAAGAGAAGCUAUGAAUAAAAUUAGGGAAGCUAAUCGUUUAUCUGCAGUCAACCAAAAAAAUAUGACCAUGGUAGAGAAAAAGAAGCAAGAUGUAGAAGAUGGGAGACGAGAUGUUGAGAAGAGCCUACAGGAAGGGAAUGAUAUCCUUGAGGAAGCCAACAGACUUGUAAAUGGAAUCAGCUUAGAUAUAGAGUACGUAGAAGGCGUUGCAGAUAAGAUACAGCCAAUGUCUGACCAGCUGAAGAAGAAAAUAGAUGACUUACUGCAAGAAAUUAAUGACAGGAUGCUUCCAGAAAAGGUAUUGCAAGCUGAGAACCAUGCAGCCCAGCUGAAUGAAUCAUCUGCAAUACUGGAUGGAAUCCUUACUGAAGCCAGAAACAUCUCUUUCAAUGCCACACUGGCUUUCAACGCUUAUACUAACAUCAAAGAUAAUACAGAUGAAGCUGAAAAAGUUGCCAAGGAAGCCAAGGCUAUUUCAAAUGAAGCCAUGCAAGCGACAUCUGGUCCUCAAGGAUCAUUGAAGGAUGGCGCCAAGAGCUCGCUUCAGAAAAGCUUCAGGGUCCUUAAUGAAGCCAAGAUGUUAGAAAAUGAUGUUAAAGAAAAAGGAGAUAACCUGGACAGCACGCAGGACAGGCUGAAAGAAGCUGAUGAGAGGAAUUCCAUUCUCCUGAGAGCUCUGAACGAAACCUUUGGAAAGCUGUCAGCCAUUCCUAAUGAUACAUCUAUAAAGGUACAGGCAGCCAAAGACAAAGCAAGACAAGCCAAUGAUUCUGCAAAUGAUAUCCUGGCCCAGAUUAGAGACCUCAACCAGAAUCUCCUCGGUUUGAGAAACAACUACAGUAAACUUGCAGAUGACGUGGCGAAAACAAAUGCUGUUGUGAAGGAUCCUAUCAAUAGCAGAAUCAUUGCUGAUGCAGAUUCCAGUAUUAAAGCCCUAGAAAAGGAAACAGAUCGGCUGCUAGAUAAAAUCAAGCCAAUCAAAGAACUUCAGGAUAACUUAGGGAAAAAUAUUUCUCAGAUAAAAGAGCUGAUAAACCAAGCUCGGAAGCAAGCCAAUUCGAUCAAAGUGUCUGUGUCCUCUGGAGGCAAUUGUAUUCGCACAUACAGACCAGAAAUAAAGAAGGGAACAUACAACACCGUCAUUGUCAAUGUGAAGACUGUAGUUGCUGACAAUCUGCUUUUUUACCUUGGAAGUGCCAAGUUUACUGACUUCUUGGCCAUAGAGAUGCGCAAAGGCAAAGUAAGCUUCCUGUGGGAUGUGGGAUCUGGUGUUGGACGGGUAGAAUAUCCAGAUCUGACCAUAAAUGAUGGAUUUUGGUACCGGAUUGAAGCCUCUAGGACUGGGAAAAAUGGCACAAUAUCAGUGCGAGCUCUGGAUGGUCCUAAAGCCAGCAUUGUGCCAGCCACAUUCAGAUCUGUCUCUCCACCUGGAUAUACCAUUCUGGAUGUGGAUGCUAAUGCCGUGCUGUUUGUUGGUGGUUUAACAGAAAAAAUAAAGAAGUCAGAUGCUGUAAGAGUUACCACCUUCACUGGCUGCAUGGGAGAAACCUUUCUAGACAGCAAACCCAUAGGCCUGUGGAAUUUCAGGGAUAUUGAAGGUGACUGCAAGGGAUGUGCCGUUAGCCCACAGGUGGCAGAUGGUGAGGGGACGGUCCAGUUUGAUGGUGAGAGCUAUGCCAUGGUGAGCCGCCCAAUCCGCUGGAAUCCAAAUAUUUCCACAGUCAUGUUCAAAUUCAGGACCUUCUCAUCGAAUGCCCUGCUAAUGUAUCUUGCCACUGAUGACUUGAAAGAUUUCAUGAGUGUAGAACUCAGUGGUGGGCGUAUUAAAGUCAGCUACGAUCUGGGUUCAGGUACAGCUUCUGUUAUCAGCAACCAAAAUCAUAAUGAUGGCAAAUGGAAAGCUUUCACCCUGUCAAGGAUUCAAAAACAAGCCAACGUAUCAAUUGUAGAUAUAGAUACCAAUGAAGAAGAGACCGUAACAACAACUUCAACUGGCAGCCACUUUGGGCUCAACCUAAAAGGGCAUGAGAAAAUAUAUUUUGGGGGAUUGCCAACCCUGAGAAAUCUAAGUACGAAAGCAAGGCCUGAAGUGAACUUGAAGAAAUAUACAGGUUGCCUCAAAGAGAUUGAAAUUUCAAGGACACCUUAUAAUAUAUUGAGUAGUCCUGAUUUUGUUGGUCUAACCAAAGGAUGCACACUAGAGAACAUUUACACAGUCAGCUUCCCCAAGCCAGGCUUUGUGGAACUGCAGCCUGUCUCCUUUGACAUAGGCACUGAAAUCAACCUCUCCUUCAGCACCAAGAAUGAGUCUGGGAUCAUCUUGUUUGGCACAAGUGGCACAGUUGUUCCCCCCAGGAGAAGGCGCCGAAACUCUGGAGGGAAAGCUUCUCCUCAGAGGAGAAAGCGCAGACAGACAGGACAGGCCUACUAUGCAGUGUUCCUGAACAGAGGUCUACUAGAAGUGCACAUCUCCAGUGGGAUACGGGAUCCCCAUAGAAUCACCAUCAGACCAGAGGCUGGAGAGUUUCAUGAUGGCAGACCACACUCCAUCCGGAUAGAAAGAGCUAAAGGGAUGUUCACUGUUCAGGUAGAUGAAGACAAAGGCCAGACUCAGAGACUGCCAACAGACCAGCCCAUCUCUGUUAGAAAGCUAUUUGUGGGGGGAACUUCUUCUCAGUUUCAGACUGCACCUCUCAGAAACAUUCCACCAUUUGAGGGCUGUAUUUGGAAUCUUGUCAUUAAUGCCACACCCAUGGACUUUGCUCAACCUGUGUCCUUCGAAAAUGCAGAUAUUGGGAGAUGUCCCUCUCUAGAACCAGAGAUUAGGCCAUCUGAGGAUGAAGAUAAACCAAUCCCUUCCGCAGUCCUCGUCCAACCUGAACUAGACACUAAUGGGGAGAAAGAAAGGCCAAGAAUUCCUCCAGCUUCUCCACCACCGUCUCUACCUUCAACACUUGAUUCCUGUGCUGCUGACACAGAACCAGCCAUUUUGGAAGGUGGCAAGCAAUUUGGUCUUUCGAGGAACAGCCACAUUGCAGUUGCAUUUGAUGACACCAAAGUGAAAAACAGACUUACAAUUGAAUUUGAAGUCAGAACAACAGCUGAAUCUGGCUUGCUGUUUUAUAUGGCCCGCAUCAACCAUGCUGAUUUCGCUACAGUUCAGAUAAAGAAUGGACUGCCUUACUUCAGCUAUGAUCUGGGGAGUGGAGACACGAACACAAUGAUUCCCAGCAAAAUAAAUGAUGGCCAGUGGCACAAGAUAAAAGUCAUUCGAACCAAGCAAGAAGGAAACCUGAUAGUAGAUGGUGUUUCAAACAAGACUGUUAGCCCCAAGAAGGCUGAUAUACUGGAUGUUGUAGGAAUGCUAUAUGUUGGAGGUUUGCCCAUUAACUACGCAACUAGAAGAAUUGGUCCGGUCACCUAUAGCAUCGAUGGCUGCAUCAGAAAUUUUAAAAUGACAGAAUCACCUGUUGACCUGGAUAGUCCAACUUCCAGCUAUAAUGUUGGAAAAUGCUUUGUCACUGCACAGAAAGGAACAUACUUCGAUGGAACAGGCUUUGCCAAAACAGUUGGUGCAUACAAAGUAGGAACAGACCUGCUUGUGGAAUUUGAAUUCCGUACAACACAAAUGAAUGGUGUUCUCCUGGGAGUCAGCAGCCAGAAAAUGGAUGGGCUUGGCAUCGAAUUAGUAGAUGGAAAAGUGAUGUUUCACGUUGACAAUGGUGCAGGACGAUUCUCUGCCAUCUAUGAGCCCGAUGCACGAGGAAGUUUGUGUGAUGGACAGUGGCACAAGGUCCUUGCCAACAAGAUCAAACACCGUUUAGAGCUGACUGUGGAUGACAGACAGGUGGAUGCUAACAGCCCAAGCAGAGCAUCGACCUCAGCAGACACUAAUGACCCUCUCUUUGUUGGAGGAUAUCCUGAUGGUGUGAUCCAGUUUGGGCUGACCACUAAUAUCCGUUUUAAAGGAUGUAUUCGAUUUCUGAAGCUGACGAAGGGUACUGCUAAACCUCAAGAGAUUAACUUCAGCAAAGCUUUGGAGCUGAGGGGUGUUCAACCGUUGUCAUGUCCUGCAAACUAAAUGUCAUUCAAGUGGUAUGGGUCUGUUUAUAUAAGCAUCUCAGAUUAAAAA